AUGUCUCGCGAUAUUAUAAUUGAGCGAUGGAUUCCCUAUGGGCCUCCACCUGAACGUCGUACAAUUGUAGAAUCUGCUCCUCCUCCUAUAGAAUAUCCACGACCAUUUCAUAAAAUUAUUAUUUAUGAGGGUGUUCGAACACGUUUAAUUCGACGAUUUGAAAACCUUGGUGUUACUCAAGAAAAUCCUGAUGCUUAUGUAGCUCGUUAUAGAUCAACACUUUUAAGUCCAACAGCACUUGUUCAAGAGGCUCGUCGUUUUGGUGUUACAGAAGAUAUAUCGCCUCCGAUGUCAUCAUCUUCAAUGUAUACAACUACACGCGGAAAUAGUUUUACAUCAUCAGGUGUAUUUACUGAUAUUAGACGUGAUGGAUUGACAUACAGAACAGGAUUUCGACGAUAUACUUAA